AUGACGGUAACCAUUCCUAAAUGUAUUACUCCUUCUUCCUGGAUUCCAGCAACUCAUCCCUUGGUGGAGUCCAUCAGUGCUGAAGUAAAUGGCUGGUUCCUCCAGCACUGGCCCUUUCCAAAUGAAAAAGCGAGGAAGAAGUUUGUGGCAGCGGGUUUCUCGCGCGUCACCUGUCUAUACUUCCCUCUGGCACGAGAUGACCGCAUUGCCUAUGCCUGCCAGCUGCUGACAAUUUUGUUUUUGAUUGAUGACCUUCUCGAGGACAUGUCUCUCAAGGACGGUAAAGCGUACAAUGACAAACUCAUGCCGAUAGCCAGAGGUGACGUAGCACCAGACCCCUCAAUUCCUGUAGAAUGGAUGUUCCACGAAAUUUGGGCGAAUAUGCGUGCCCAAGACGUUAUGCUCGCUGAUGAUGUCCUCGAACCAUGCUUCGUUUUCAUGAGGGCACAAACGGACAAGUCACGCCAGACCAUCAAUGAGCUGGGCGAAUACAUGAUCUAUCGAGAGCGCGAUGUGGGCAGUGCGCUUCUCUCCUCACUAAUGCGCUUUGCUAUGGACUUGCCCCUUUCGCCCGAGGAACUUGCAGUGGUACGACCGGUAGAGAGAAACUGUGCUAAGCACAUUGCCAUCAUCAACGACAUCUACAGCUGGGAGAAGGAGCUUGCGCAGUCGCAAAAAUCGUCAGAAGAAGGAUCUGUCCUAUGUUCCGCCGUGAAAGUCAUGGCAGACAAUGCAGGUCUGAGCAUUGAUUCGGCGAGGCGGGUGCUGUGGAGCAUGGUACGUGAGUGGGAAUCUAAGCAUGAUUUACUAUGUGCGAUGCUGUGUGGGCAGGAUCCUACCGAUGUGAAGACUCUGUAUGUAGAGGGAUUGAAGUAUCAAAUGAGUGGGAACGAGCUGUGGAGUAGGACAACACCGAGGUAUUUAUUGGUGGAUUAG